AUGGUUGUUGCAUUGAAGGACAAGAAAAAAAUGCUAGUUUAUGAGUACAUGGCUAAUGGCAGCCUAGACUCCUUCAUAUUUGGUAUGAAUAACCAACAAAGCAAAGAUUUGGUUGCUAUAAGCAGAUUACUAAUUGAUGAUUCGAUUGGGUACACGGCACCAGAGUAUGCUGUUGAUGGGUUAUUUUCUGUGAAAUCUGAUGUGUUUAGCUUUGGUAUUUUAGUCUUGGAGAUGGUAUGUGGCAAGAAAAAUAGAAGACUUUAUCAAACAGAUAAGAAUCUCAAUCUCGUUGGUCAUGCAAGGCUUCAAUCUGUUUUGAAUUUGCCCGCAAUGGCUUCGGUUAUUCUAAUGUUGGAGAGUCGCAUGGAAUUGGUUAAGCCUAAAGAACCUGGUUUUAUUACGAAAAAUGUUUCAGUUGAAGAAGAAUUAUACUCAAAUGAGAAAUACACAUCUCCAAGCAACGAUGUAACGGUUUCCAUGUUGGAAGCUCGAUGA